AUGGGGCUAAACGUAUUAAAACCAAAGAUCAAUGGAUUGAGCUCGUCAAACUCGUCUAUGACGGAUCAGACGGCGAACGGGAACGAGAAGGCAGUGGUUGAUACGGAUGAUAUCGACGAAAAUGACGAAUCGGGGCAGAAUAUUCUGAUGGGUAUUAUCUCGCAACUUAAGCCUGGUUGCGAUCUUUCGCGAAUUACGCUACCCACAUUCAUUUUGGAGAAGAAAUCUAUGCUGGAACGAAUCACAAAUCAAUUGCAAUAUCCUGAUAUUUUACUUGAAGCGCACAGCACCAAGAACGAUCUCGAACGAUUUUUGCUGGUGGUUAAAUGGUACUUGUCAGGUUGGCAUAUAGCGCCGAAAGCGGUGAAAAAGCCUUUGAAUCCUGUCUUGGGUGAAUAUUUUACAGCAUACUGGGAUCUACCCAACAAGCAACAGGCGUUCUAUAUUGCAGAGCAAACCAGCCAUCACCCACCGAAAUCGUCAUAUUUCUACAUGAUUCCAGAGUCAAACAUUAGAGUAGACGGCAUUACGAUACCUAUAUCCAAGUUUUGGGGUAAUUCAACCGCUGCAAUGAUGAAAGGUUUAACUGUUUUGCAAUUUUUGGAUAUCAAAGAUAAAGACGGGAAACCCGAGAAAUACACACUAACGCAACCAGAUAUGUAUGCGCGAGGCAUUUUGUUCGGCAAAAUGCGCAUAGAACUCGGAGACCAUAUGAUAAUAAAGUCGCCUAAAUUUCAGAUAGACGUGGAUUUCAAGACAAAGGGGUUUAUUUCUGGAUCCUAUGAUAUGAUUGAGGGCGUUGUGAAGGACUACUCUGGCAAUGAAUAUUAUCAAAUAUCAGGCAAAUGGAAUGAGGUUAUUUACGUUAAGAACCUAAAGGAAAAAACUUCAAAGAGCGUUCUAUUCGAUGCCACGAAGAGCAAGCCUUUGAAACCUUCCGUGCGUCCAUUGAAAGAGCAAGGUAAAUAUGAAUCAAGAAGACUAUGGAAAAAAGUGACAGAUGCACUAGCGUUACGUGAUCAUACGGUAGCAACAGAUGAGAAGUUUAAAAUUGAGGAUGAACAGAGAACGUUUGCCAAAGAAAGAGCUGAACAAGGCGUCGAAUUCCAUCCUAAACUUUUUAGAAAAGCUUCGAAUCCCGACGAUGACCUAGAAUUUUACAUCUACAAACACAUUCCAGAGGAUGAAGAUCAUGAAAGUCAAAUCAAAAGCAUUUUGGAAAUAGCACCAAUUCUACCGGGGCAAAAAUUUACGGAUCGAUUUGACGUAUCGGGCCUAGAAAAGCACAAGAUUCAAGUGGACGCCGCGAAAGAAUGA